CUUGGCUGAUACGAUGUAAAGCCAAAGAGUUUUUAUUAAGAGAUGACAAACCUACUUUUAAUGCCGAGUGAUGGUGCGGACCUGGUCAGUUGGCUGUCUAUUUCUCGCCUAUUUUCCAUCAACUCUUUCUGUAUCUGUCAUUCAAAUUAAGGUUGGUCUGACUUAGAGAGCUUCGAUAGAUUCCAUCGAAAAUAAAUUGUGCGACUGUUAUAAACUGACUUUAAUUCUGUUUGGACAAGCAGAUUUAUAAAUGGAUCGAAAAAUUUAGUGGAUUUUUUCUCUGUUCAAAGGUAAAGGUAGAGCCACGUAUUCAGAUCUCGCGACUUUUCACUAAGUUGAAUUCCAGAAGAGGAUAUUCCUAUGCACGGAUUUCGCAUCACCAGACAAUAGAGAUGUGGCGAAUUUGUAGUGCUGUAACAAGUGCAAUUGUUGCUGCAUAUUCAUUUGCUACCAAAAAGUCUCUGGACGAGUGGUGUGACAGCAAAAGUUAAAAAAUUAUUCCAAGGGGAAACAUACUCUCACAAACUCCGUGAAAAAGCAAAUGUUCCUGGCUUUGUUUCUGCACGCUCCAGCGCUUUGCUUUUUCUUGCGGUUUGUCUACAUCACAUGACAUGAAAAUUAUGGACUGCACAGUUUCCUUAGGAAGUUUUGUCUAGGCAAACAGAUUAUUUGCAUAUAGAGGAUUAUUGAGAAGUGCAGCGUGGUGUAGUGAUUGAGAAGAUGAGUGAAGGAAGGUUUUUGAGUGUUUUUAGGGAGUCUCCUUUCCGUCAUCUGUUGGUGGCAACGUUUUUGUACUGGACAGCCAUAUUCAUGGCGGUCCCUCCUAUUACAGACAUUACAAUGGCUGCUCUGUGCCCUGGCCUCGACCAGUGCAGUCAGGCUAUUUUCAUCACUGGACUACAACAAACAAUUUCUGGAAUUGGGACAGUGCUGGUUACACCCAUCAUUGGAGAUCUUUCGGAUGAAUAUGGGCGGAAACCUCUGCUUAUGAUUCCGAUGACUGCUGCAGUCAUUCCUUUGGGUGUGUUGGCAUACAGCAGGUCAAAGCCAUUUGUAUAUGCAUAUUUUGUGUUGAAAACAGCUGCUGCAAUUGUUAGUGAAGGCGGCCUGCAUUGCCUUUCUCUAGCAUUUGUGGCAGACAACAUUCCAGAACACUCCCGUCCCUCUGCAUUUGGAGUAUUAACAGGAGUUGUCUCAUCUGCAUUUGUUGCUGGGCUAGUUACUGCACGUUUUCUUCCCGAAUACUUAAUUUUCCAGGUGGCAACUAUUCUAGCAGCAUCUGCUGCCAUAUAUUUGAGAGUUUUUCUAGUUGAACCAAAUCUAAGGUCAACUAGUCUGCCUGGAAGUAAGCCGGUUUGUCCUACAAAAUCAACAAGUUUCUGGUCCCGACCAAGGCUUAUUCGUAGUACAUCAUCCAUACAAGACACUGCAAAAUUGUUCAAAAGAAGCUUGAUUUUGGCACAAGUCUCAGUUAUAACAUUCUUCAGCAACCUUGGUGAGGCUGGGUUACAGGGUUCCUUGCUGUACUAUUUGAAAGCAAAGUUUUCCUUUGACAAGGAUCAAUUUGCAGAUCUAAUGUUGAUUGCUGCAGUUGCAGGCGCAGUAUCACAGUUGUUUCUAAUGCCCUUCUUGACACGUUAUGUUGGAGAGAAGAAGCUCCUUUGUGUGGGGUUGCUUGCCAGCUUCCUACAUACUUUGUUGUAUGGCAUUGCGUGGUCCCCUCUGGUUCCAUAUAUUGCAGCUUUUGCUGGAGUUCUAUUUGUUUUCGUCUUUCCAUGUAUUGGAAGCAUUGUCUCCAAAGAAGCUGGAGUCCAUGAACAGGGGAAAGUGCAAGGUUGCAUUUCUGGUAUACGCUCUUUCGCAACAAUCAUUUCUCCACUUGUAUUAAGUCCUUUAACAGCACUAUUCUUGUCGGAGAAAGCACCAUUUAAGUGUCAAGGAUUUAGUCUCAUAUGUGCUGCAUUUGCAAUGAUGAUAGCAUUUGGACAGGCUUGCGUUAUGAAGCCUUCUCCUGCAAUAGCAAAUGUAGAAGGUAGUGACUAUAUUCAAGUAUUGAGCCUUGAAGAGGAGCAAGCGACAUUGAAUACAGCUUUUUUGCCUUCUAGCAACCAAAUUACCUGAGCAAAUGAAGUGGUUGUAGAAAACCAUCUAACUGUAUCUAUGCAUACGCCAUGUCAUUAUCAUUAUAUAUUAUAUAUUUUGUCCUACUAAUGUAAAGAAAUGCAGGUGGACAAUUUUUGUCUUAUACUUUUUCCCCUCCAAUUUUUUUUUAAGUCAUAUAAAAAAUAUAUGUACAUUAAAAAUUUGGGUAUUAUACAAAUUUUAUUUUAUAACACGAAUAUUCCUUGUACCUCACAAGCAUUCAGGAUUAAGACAUGCUUGAUAUGGAGAGUUCUCCACUUCCAUUCAAUAUACAACUCUAGUAAUGGAGUAUUAAAGGAAGUUUCCUAUUUAUUGCA